GAGGAGCCAGGCGUCCGGGGCCUCCUGGCGUCGCUCUUCGCCUUCAAGUCUUUCCGGGAGAACUGGCAGCGGGCUUGGGUGCGAGCACUGAACGAGCAGGCCUGCAGGGAUGGGAGCUCCAUCCAAAUCGCCUUUGAGGAGGUGCCCCAACUCCCACCCAGAGCCAGCAUCAAUCAUGUGACCUGCGUAGACCAAUCAGAGCACACCAUGGUGCUGCAUUGCCAGCUCUCUGCUGAGGAGAUGAUGUUCCCUGUCUCUGUGACCCAGCAGUCCCCCGCUGCUGUCUCCAUGGAGACCUACCACGUCACUCUGACACUGCCACCAACACAGUUGGAAGUCAACCUGGAGGAAAUCCCUGGUGAAGGCCUGCUUGUAUCCUGGGUCUUCACUGAUCGCCCGGAUCUCAGCCUGAAGGUGCUUCCCAAGCUGCAGGCCAAGGAGAGAGGUGAGGAGCAAGUAGAGCUCUCUACUAUUGAGGACUUGAUCGAGGAUGCCAUAGUCAGCACCCAGCCAGCUAUGAUGGUCAACCUCAGGGCUUGCCCUGCCCCUGGAGGCCUGGUACCUAGUGAGAAGCCACCCACAGUGCCCCAGACCCAGCCAGCCAUCCCCAGACCCACCCGGUUAUUCCUAAGGCAGCUUCGAGCAUCUCAUCUGGGAAGUGAGCUGGAAGGCACUGGGGAAGUGUGCUGUGUAGCUGAGCUCGACAACCCCAUGCAACAGAAGUGGACCAAGCCCAUGAGGGCUGGUCCUGAGGUGGAAUGGAAUGAGGACCUGACACUGGAUUUGGGCCCCCAGAGCCGAGAGCUGACCCUCAAAGUGCUGAGGAGUAGCAGCUGUGGAGAUCCUGAACUCUUAGGCCAGGCCACACUGUCUGUGGGCUCCCCUUCCAGACCACUGUCCCGAAGACAGGUGUGCCUGCUCACCCCUGGGCCAGGGAAAGCCCUAGGGCUGGCAGCCACCAUGGCAGCAGAGCUUCAGUAUGAGGAGGGCUCGCCCCGGAACCUGGGCACUCCCACCUCCUCCACUCCACGCCCCAGCAUCACCCCUACCAAGAAAAUUGAGUUGGACCGGACCAUCAUGCCUGAUGGCACCAUUGUCACCACAGUUACCACCGUCCAGUCCCGGCCCCGGGUAGAUGGCAAAUUAGACUCCCCCUCCCGCUCCCCGUCCAAGGUGGAGGUGACUGAGAAGACGACAACCGUGCUGAGUGAGAGUGGUGGCCCCAGCAGUACCUCCCAUAGCAGCAGCCGGGAGAGCCACCUUUCCAACGGCCUGGACCCUGUAGCAGAGACAGCAAUUCGCCAGCUGACUGAGCCCAGCGGGCGGGCAGCCAAGAAGACACCCACCAAGCGUAGCACACUCAUCAUCUCUGGGGUUUCCAAGGUGCCCAUUGCUCAGGACGAGUUGGCACUAUCCCUGGGCUAUGCGGCAUCCCUGGAAGCCUCAAUGCAGGAUGAGGCAGGGACCAGCGGAGGUCCCUCUUCACCCCCCUCAGACCCACCAGCCAUGUCCCCAGGACCGCUAGAUGCCCUCUCCAGUCCCACGAGUGUCCAGGAAGCAGAUGAGACAACACGUUCGGACAUUUCUGAGAGACCGUCUGUGGAUGACGUUGAGUCGGAAACAGGAUCUACUGGUGCCCUGGAAACACGCAGCCUCAAGGAUCACAAAGUGAGCUUCCUGCGCAGUGGCACAAAGCUCAUCUUCCGCCGGAGGCCUCGUCAGAAGGAAGCUGGUCUGAGCCAAUCACACGAUGACCUCUCCAACACGACAGCCACACCUAGCGUCCGAAAGAAGGCUGGCAGCUUUUCUCGCCGUCUUAUCAAGCGCUUUUCCUUCAAAUCCAAACCCAAGGCCAAUGGCAACCCUAGCCCGCAGCUCUGAGGGCUCUGCUCACCUCCUGAGCUAGGAGAGGGCAGGAGUCCUCUCAGCCCAUUCCCCACACCCUCUUCCUUUCCCCUUCCUGGAUUCCCAAAGGCCUGGGCCAGGGAAGCCCUCUGGGUUCCAGGCAGCCCUGUGCACCCUGGGCUGUGGGGCCAGUUGGAAGGGUAUUUACAACGGGAAGCGUGGGAGAGGUGGACACAGAAGAGGGAGUGGGUGGCUGGGAGCAAGAGGAGGCUCUGUCCUGGCGUAUGUGGGCCUUCCUCAGACCCGUCCGCCUGCUGUUGACACUGGCCCCUCGGAGGAGUGCCAGCGUGCUCGGCUCCUCUCUUAUUUAUUCUCUCUUCUAUUUAUACGUGUGGUCCAGGGCCCUCAGUGGACAGAUGACAGCGGGCAUUCCUCCCGAGUGACCCUUCUUUCCUGACCCAGGAGGGUAGGCAGUUCCCUCUGGGAGGAAGCUCCCACACCUCCCUCAGGUCCCCACUCCGACCAGCACCAGUAUCUGCCUCUGAGGACACUGGCAGCUCACAGAAAGCCGGGCUGGUGCCCGGGCUGGGGGGCAGGUACUCCCCACCUCCCUGCCUCCCCUUCUGCUCCUCACCCCUCCCUCCCCCUUUAUAACCGUUUUUUGUACUUGAUGCCUUCUCCGUGAGCAGUGGCUCUGUUGGAAGGAGGGAGCCAGGAGCCUGGUGGGAAGCCUUCCCCAGAGAGAUGGCUUUAGGGGCUUUAUUUACAGACUGAGUGAUGCUAGAGCAAGAGCAGGGCUGCCCCUCUGUAUGCUGGGAGAUGAUGAUGUCCAUUGCUGUGUGAUGGCUUGGAAUUUAAUUUAUUAAAUUAAAGUCAAAUUGGAGUUUAUAAACU